GCUCCCUGUUGCAUGAAGAUGUUUCAUCAAAUUUGGGCAGCUCUGCUUUAUCUCUAUGGAAUUCUCCUUAAAGCCAUCUACCAGUGCCCUGAGCACAGUCAACUGACAAUUCAGGGAGUGGAUGGAAAAGAGUUCCCAGAGCACUACAUGGGCCAGUGGUACUUCAUUGCAGGGGCAGCUCCCACCAACGAAGAGUUGGCAACCUUUGACCCUGUGGACAACAUUGUCUUCAACAUGGCUGUGGGCUCUGCCCCAACGCAGCUCCAGCUUCAUGCUACCAUUCGCACGAAAAAUGGGUCCUGUGUGCCCCGGGAAUGGAUCUACCACCUGAUUGAGGGGAGCACAGAUCUCAGAACUGAAGGCCGCCCUGACAUGAAGACCAAGCUCUUCUCCAGCUCAUGCCCAGAUGGAAUCAUGCUGAAGGAGAUGGGCCAGGGUUACCAGCGCUUCCUCCUCUACAAUCGCUCACCACACCCUCCUGAGAAGUGUGUGGAGGAAUUCCACUCCCUGACCUCCUGCCUGGACUCCAAGUCCUUCUUACUGACUCCCAGGAAACAAGGAGUCUGUAAGCAAUCCAGUAACUGACCUGUGGCUACAUCUGUGCCCCCAGAUGGAUUCAGUGGGAGCUAAGGUAGUGGUGGGGGAGAAGAGAAGCUGAAGAAUCCUUUUCAAUAGUAAUAAAG